AUGAUCAGAACUCUGGGGGGUUACCAGCUGACUACGUUCUCUGAUAAAUCCGAAUACAUCGGCUUUUUGAAUCACUGGAACUUCGAUGAGACAUGGAAUAAAAUUCAUUUCGGGGGGCUCACCAGAGUAAUGACCGGCUGGCAAUUGGUGAAGGAUCUCCAUUUCCAGAAACAUGCUGAAUCCGCCACAUACCACCCUGUGUAUGGAUGGCAAGCCGGCCCACAAACCCCGAAACUGCGACUUUUGCUCUUAUUGGAUGGCGAAGCCAGUGACAUGGAUGAGUUUGAACUUGAUCUUCUCAGCCUUUCUUGGGUCCAUGUGACAAUCUUUCUUAUUGGUGUCGACGGAUGUCCUCACCAUCAUCGUCAUGCGAAUGAACUCCAGAGAAUCAGUGAGGUAAACCCUCAUGUCUCGUUUGUCGACGCCCAAGGAAAUAUGCCUGAGCGCUAUGUGACGCAUGAACUUCUGAAAAGGCAUCUCGGAUAUGAUAUAACAAUGUCUGAGUUUGAAGAAAUGGAGCAGCCGCCUCCAUAUGCAGAGCUGUAA